AUAACUGAGCACCAUCGCGGCUCUAUCGCUACACUUACAAUUUCUAAUAGAUAUUGCGUGGUAAUUCGCUGAUCAGAUUGAAUACAGGAACGUGUUUUACUGGUGCAUAUCCACAUUUAUUUUUUUUCCUUCGGAAAAUCUGUGGAAAAUUUUGUAUCCGAUGGGUGCAGAUAUUAUAUAACUUUGAAACAGGCUGGAAGCGUCAACAGACAUAGCCUAAUCUUCAGUCCACUUUCGGAUUUAAUUGGUUGACCAACGAAGGGUUGAUUUCAUGCGGAGUGAAGUUUGUGAUACCGGAGUCAGUGAAGGACACAAUUUGCUUUCCUAAUAACUAACCACUUAUUAUACUUAAUAAAUAUAAACGUGAGAACCGACUAUAAAAAUGUUCAAGUUUCAAAAUAUUUACAUAGUUUAUAUAUUUCUAACAAAUAUUUGCUGGGGACAAGAUGAUUUUUUACAAACCAAACCGGAUUAUCUGCAAACAUGUAAACUCGCGGAUCCCGAGUUCACUAAAUGUUCUACAAAAACAGUUCAACAACUUUUUACUCUAUUGGUUGAAGGAAUUGAAGAAGUGAAGAACCUGCUUCCGUCCAUCGAUCCACUCAGCAUAGACGAAAUUCGUCUACUUCAAGGCAACGGGCCGGUUAGCAUUAACGCGACAUUAACUGAUGUCACUGUCAGGGGCUUCGACAAGGUCAAAGUUAUAGAAAGCCAGGUCAACUCCAAAGACUUCAGUUGGAUAACUACCCUAUUCCUUCCCAAAAUGCGAAUCGAUGCGCAAUAUGAUUUGAAAGGAAAGAUUUUGAUAAUCCCUCUGGUCGGCCAUGGAAGUUUAUGGCUAGAGCCAGUAAAUAUGCGCGUUGUGAUGAAUGCGAAAACCCGACUCUAUGAAAAAGGUGGACAUACAUUUUACAAUGUGACGGAGACUAAAAUUGACUAUGAGUUGACAGGAUUAAAACUACGUUUGAAUAAUCUUUUCGAUGGAUUGAAAGCACUUGAGGAAAGUACGAACAAAUUUAUGAACGAUAAUUGGAAACUGGCAUCUGAUUCGUUGAAGCCAAUCAUAGCCAAGACUAUCGAGGAUAUAAUGCUGGACCUUCUGCAGAAAGUGUUCCAUUUUCUGCCAGCUGAUUACAUUGUAACGGAUAUUCCAAAACCAAGGGAUGUUUACGGUCAGGACUAUUGAUUUUUUCAAAGUAGAUUUAGCAAGUUUAAGAAUAACCAGAAUUUUUUGCCCAGAAAUCAGCUUGAAAAAUGCAAAAGUAAAUUUACGCCUUCAUUUAUUUAUUUAUCGUAUUAAAGUACAAAUUGACAAAAGGAAUUCUUUCUUUACAAACAAUAAUGUACGGUAUUGUGAAACUGAAGAGAUUUUGCAGAGAAUUGCAACAUUUCGUGAAAGGGACUAU